CUUUCGUCCGUGCUUCUGCCGCUUUGACAAUGGCGGCUCGCGGCGUGGGGCUGUUGACCCGUUUGCCCCUACGUGCUCAGAGAAGUCAAGCCCAGCGUCCCCUCCGCAGGCUCCUCACUUGCCCAGGAACGGUGGCCGCCGACGUCGGGAGGGAAGAGCCGUCUUCGGGGAGCGCGGAGACAGGCUCUGAAGACAGGACUCCAAAAAAGAGAUUCUCUGAGGUGCAAAAAGAGAGACGAGAACAGGCCCAGCGGACUGUGCUAAUUCACUGCCCAAAUAAAAUCAGCGAGAAAAAACUUCUCAAGCAUUUAUCCCAGCAUGGGCCUAUUAACAGCCACUUCUUCUAUGAAAGUUUUGGUCUUUAUGCUGUUGUAGAAUUUAGUCAAAAGGAAAGUAUAGCUUCACUGCAGAAUGUAACUCGUACUCCAAGCCUGGGCACAGAGGCUGCAAUUCCGUUCAGAUCACGCUACUUCAAUUUAAAGUUGAAGAAUCCAGUAAACCAGACUUCUGAGCAGUCAAGUAUUCAAUGUAGUAAUCAGUCUUCUCCUUCAAGCAAGAAGCUUUUUGAAUCACUUUGUUGCGCAGGAAGUGUAGAUGAUCAGCUGAACACUCUCUUGAAGGAAUCCCAGCUAACAGAGGAGAACACCAAGCUCCGAUAUCUCACCUGCUCUCUUAUUGAAGAUGUAGCAGCUGCGUAUUUUCCAGACUGCGCCGUCAGACCCUUUGGCUCUUCGGUGAACAGUUUUGGGAAACUAGGAUGUGAUUUGGACAUGUUUUUGGAUCUGGAUGAAAUUGGAAAAAUUAGUGCUCACAAGGCCUCAGGAAAUUUUCUGGUGGAAUUUCAAGUGAAAAACGUUCCUUCAGAAAGAAUUGCAACUCAGAAGAUCCUGUCUGUGAUAGGAGAAUGCCUUGACCACUUUGGCCCGGGCUGUGUGGGAAUUCAGAAAAUACUCAAUGCUCGGUGUCCCCUUGUCAGGUUCUCACACCAGGCCUCGGGAUUUCAGUGUGAUUUGACUGCUAACAAUAGGAUUGCCUUGGAAAGCACUGAACUCCUUUAUAUAUAUGGUGCUCUGGACUCGCGAGUGAGAGCCUUGGUGUUCAGUAUCCGAUGCUGGGCUCGAGCACAUUCCUUAACGAGUAGUAUUCCUGGUGCCUGGAUUACAAAUUUCUCCCUUACCAUGAUGGUCAUCUUUUUCCUCCAGAGGCGAUCACCCCCUAUUCUUCCAACACUAGACUGCCUAAAGACCCUUGCAGAUGCAGAAGAUAAGUGUAUAAUCGAAGGCCACAACUGUACAUUUGUUCGUGACUUGAAUAGAAUUAAACCUUCAGGAAACACAGAAACACUAGAAUUACUACUGAAAGAAUUUUUUGAAUAUUUUGGAAAUUUCGCGUUCAAUAAAAAUUCCAUAAAUAUUCGACAGGGAAGGGAACAAAACAAACCUGAAUCUUCUCCGCUUCACAUUCAGAAUCCUUUUGAAACUUCUCUCAACAUUAGCAAAAAUAUAUUUGAUUGGACAUUUUCAUGUUUAGGUUGGUGUUAAGUCUAAAAGUCAUUUUAGCACAUAAAGUAUGAAUAUGUGUUACAUUUCUUUUCUUUUGUAAUUUAUAGAAUAACUGACAUUCUAGGUCUGUUUUACUUUUCAGAAUGAAUUUUAAUCAAAAUUGAUCUUUUAACAUGAAGUAUUCAUUCUAGUAAACUGCGUAUAGACUACAGAUUAUUAUGUUUUCUCAUAAGUUCAUUGUAUCACUUCCCAAAUUUUUAAAAGAUAGUUUUUAUUACAUCUUAGGGAUAACGAGCAGUUAUUUGAUUCCAUUUCUUAGUUAAAACUAAUUGCAGCAAUAAAGGUAAGGAAAAUUUUUCAAGGUUUUCCUUUUCUAGCUAUUAUGAGGCUUUCAUUCACUAGCUCUUAUGAACAAUGAGUUUUAGUCUCUGUGUGAAAGUAAUUUUGAUAUGAGCCUACCUGGAUGAGAUUGAUUUCAGUAUACCUCAUUCCUUAUUUCAUAGCCCACUAACCUAAUUCCUGGAGUUAUUAUCCCUUUUUAGGAAAUUAGAGAAUUGUCCAGACAGUCUAGGAAGACAACAUAUAAUCUGUCUCAUUCACAAGCCUUCAGUCAUCAUAGAGAAGAGAGAAUAAAGACAGUUGCAGUAGGACUUUCUUCCUGCUCUCAUUUACUACUUACCUCUUUGUUUUGCUCUAGGGUGAGACCAGAAUUAGACUGUUUCAAGUCACUUCAUGUUCCUAGAAAUUCCUUGGCCUUAGAUGUACAGCUCUGUUAAGUUCCUUACUGCUGCCAUAGUAGGAAAAUGCUGCAUAGACACGUGUAAUUUAAACCCGCACAGGGAACAUCUGCAGUAGAACCAGCAGAAAGAGCCACCGAGCCACCUGUCCAGGCAGCAGCUCUCUCGUCCACUCUCCAGACUUUGGUAUUCAGCUGGUGAGUAGCUGUCCUCUUGUCUCAGUUCAGCCCCUUCAGGAAGCACUGUAGGAGUGGAACGUUCAAAACGCCAUAGCAAGGAAGAAACAGUUUCUACCAGCAAUGAUUGGAAAAGGCUUUGUUGAAUAGGAUAGUGUAGGCCUUGAAGGGAUCAUAAUCACUAGACCAAAGGAAGGCCAUAGGGAUUAUCAUCCUGGGAGCAGAAGACAGGGUAGAUAGGAGUCAGGAAGAUGGAAACGUAUGUGGAGAACGGGCAGCCCAGACUGGCUGGGUGGCGUUUUCCCUGUGAUGCUCAGAGUCAAGGUUGAGCGAGAUUGUGAAGGAUUUCCCGUGGCAAGUUACAGAGGUUGAGUAUAUUUUCAGCAGUAAAGCAUUGAAGGUUUUUGUGUCCGAGAAUAGUGAAUGUUAAAGCAGUGCUCUAGAUGUUAAUCUGUUGAUAUCAAGUCGUUAUCAAGUGCUGUUCCUUUUUUCUGGACAAAUUUGAGUACCUUAGGUCCCAUCAUUAAGUUAGGUAGAAUUUGGCUGUUAAAUUCUCCACACAGGUCCCAAAGCUGACUCUCAUACACCUCACAAGAGUGUUUAACGAGAAAGUAAAGUUUAAGUGGUUUAAAGCUAUCAUCAGGAAGUAUCAUCAGGUCAUGAUAUGUAAUUUUAUGUAAAGCUUACUAAUGAGAAAUUCUUUGCAGUAAAUACUUGGAAAGGAAUGAAAACAUGACCAGAAAUCACUUUUCACCUUGGGAUGAUUUUGGAAAAUUUAUUUUAAAUACUUGAAAGGCUUGUUUUAGUUUCCAUGCUGCGUUCAGUUACUUGCGGAUACGUAUUCCAACGAAUAUAAACAUUACGUUGGUCCUCUGGAAUUCCCGUGGAGCAACUCCCAGAAAAUGUCUGUUUUAGAUGGAAUCUUUAAUCUGAAAUAUCUAUGAUACAGGAUAUAUAAAUCACCACGAAUUAUUUUUAAAAUACACUAUAUUUUAAAUGUGAUCCCUUUUGUUAUCUGUGUGUAUGUGUAUCCACCCAUCUUUAGGUACUCAGUGGAGUCAAAGCUAGAUUAAAGGCAUUAUUCACUUUUUCUGUCUGCUUUUAGAUGAAUACAUUUAAACUUUUUUCCCCCCACAGCAAAGUUUCUGAUCUUUUAGGACGUAGGUGCUGAGAUGUUUUAUUAAAGAGGGUAUUGGAAACGUGGAACUUGAAACAGUAAAUAUUACACUGUGAAGAAUAUAUAGUAUGGAAAAAUACCUAAUUUGGAAUAGACCAAGUCUAAAUUAAUGAAAAAUAUAAAUUAUAAAUUAUCUUUUCUGGGUCUGUUUUGAAGUAUGACAUUGAAAACUUACUAUAAUGGAUACUGUCAAAUAAAAUGGAGCAAAUUAAUGAAAGAUUACAAGUUAGGUUUGUGUCAUGUUCUGUGUGACCAAAAUUCAUUAACGUGUCAGGUACAAUGGAAGUCACACAUUUGGAAGCUUCCUGUUGCAGAGUUACUGGUAUUUGGCUUAGGUGAGUGUAGCUUAAUAAUUAGAGUUUUAAUUAAUCUUUGCUAAACUUACACAUGGGCUUGGAGAAUGGUUUGAAAUAACAUUAACGUCUUCUCUUUUGUCUCAAAAACUGAGUAAAAGGUAGAUUAUGAAGCUGGCUGAUGUCUUGCAGUGGAAUUUGAAACUCAAAGCCUGAUUUAUUUAUUUUUUCUUCAAGUAAGAUGUGUAUUAUCAUUCUAUAGAUAUGCAUAUCAGUAUAAAACUAGCAGAGGCUUCACCUUGUUUUUCUUAAGCAGUUAAUUUUGGUGAUUUUAGAAGGCCUGUUUGUUCAUGAUUUGUGUGAUAAGGUCCCCUUCCCCCAGCUCUCUUACUGAACCUACAGGAAGCAUCUUUGGCGUUUCCCUGCUUGGUUCUUGGCGUCACUGGUUAUAAAGCUCAGUUACAAGGACUGAGUGGUCUCCUUCAGCUUUAUAUAAUGGAGUUUUUAAAAAAGAGAAUUACAGCAUUUCUCACAUAUUUUACAUUUUUUAUUUGAUCAAAAUAUUUUUAAAUUUUGACUUCUUUUUUAAAGAAGUGAUGACUAGAAAAACAGCAGUGGCACUUCACUUAUCUGUUGUUAAGUGAUAAGUUGUGUUCAAAUAAACAUAUUUUUCACAUAGCACUGAUUUCCAGAUCUUCAUCCUCAGCUCCAGACAUAGGACUGCCAAGUCAUUAUUUUAGUCCCACCUCUAGACCUUCAUCAUACACUAGACUUUGUGCUUUUACCUUCAACUCAACCUGUUUUAUCUAUUUAUUUUAUUUUUUUAUUUUGGCUGCGCUGGGUCUUCAUUGCAGCACACUGGCUGUUCAUUGCAGGCUUCUCUCUCGUUGUGGUGCACAGGCUCAGUAGUUGUGGCACAUGGGUUCCAGAGUGCACAGGCUUGGAUGCUCCGCAGCAUGUGGGAUCUUAGUUCCCCAGCCAGGGAUCGGAUCCACGUCCCCUGCAUUGAAAGGUGGAUUCUUAAUCACUGGACCACCAGGGACGCCCCUCAACCUGUUUUAAAUUAAAAUUAUUUUCUUCCUCAUAAUUGACCCAUUUCUGUUGGUACCAUUCUCUGCCAGUAUAGCUCAGACUCUGGGAUCCUUUUACGCUCCUUUUUCACCUUGUUUAAGUAAUCUAUUUCUGUUGUGAUUGGCUUAGUUUAUGUCAUUACCUCUCUUCUAAUUUAAUACGAUAAUCUAUUAGCUAGUUUCCCAGCCCAUUGUUUUCCCUCUUCUGUGUAACCAUGUAAACCAUCCAUUUUCAAAGGAAUAGGAGUCAAAGUACAUUUUAUGGUAAAUUAAUAUUAAAUUAUAUGUGUUUAUUUAUUAUAAUUCUAAAGAUACCUUGGAAUUGUACAGAGCUUUCUAAAUAUCAGGUGUACAAAAUAGAUACUGAUUGAAGGUUCUGAUUAGUAAAAAGCACUGGCUUCUAUAACAUCAAAAUAUAUUCUGUUCAUAAACUCCACUGACUUUUUUUUGGGGGGGGGGCGGGGGCUGCAUUGGGUUUUUGUUGCUGCGUAUGGGCUUUCUCUAGUUGUGAUGAGCAAGGGCUACUCUUUGUUGUGGUGCACAGGCGUCUUAUUGUAGUGGCUUCCUUUUUUGUGGAGCUGGGGCUCUAGGCACCCGGGCUUCAGUAGUUGUGGCACAUGGGCUCAGUAGUUGUGGCUAUCAGGCUCAGGCUCAGUAGUUGCGGCACACAAGCUUAGUUGCUCUGCAGCAUAUGGGAUCUUCCUGGAGCAGGGGUCGAACCCGUGUCCCCUGCAUUGGCAGGCAGAUUCUUAACCACUGCACCACCAGGGAAGUGCUCCACUUCUUGAAGUUUUCAAACUUCCGUGCUAAUGACACUUAAUCCCCAAAAUACUAGUACGAUGGAGUCAUUCAUUCAGUAAACAUUUACUCAUGAUUGCUAUGUACCAGACACUGUAAAUUGAGAUGUACCAAGAGAUGAAAGGUUUGAAUUGCUACAAAAAUGAUUUUUGUUCUUGGAUAGAAAGGGUUAGUGUAAGGGUAAUAGUUUUGCCUACAUAGCAAUUAAUGAUGAUGCAGUCAAUUAAAAUUCUGUAAGAAUUUUUUUAUAGAAACUUGAAAGUCGUUGGCAGUGUAUGAGGAAGAAUAAACGUACAAAAAUAGGAGAAAAAAAAUUUUAAACUUAUCAGGCAAGGUAAUUAAUACUACUGGUUUGAGAUAGGUAAACCAGUGGAACACUCCAGAAAUAUACUCAAGAUGUAUAAGGGAAUUGAUAGUGAUAUGAUAGAGAGUAACACUUCAAUCAGUAGAGACGGAUUAUUCAGUAAGUUGUGUCAGGACAGCUGGUAGCUACUGGAAAAAAAGUAGUUUGAUCCUAGUCUCUUAUACCCCAAUAAAUUCCAGGUGGGUGGGAAUUUAGAUGUGGAGGGGAGUAAGUGAGAUCAUAAAGUAGAAAAGAAAUCCUGGAUGAAUAUUAUGAACUUGGGGUAGGGAAGGGUGCCUUUUCAAGUAUGACAUGGAUUCAGAAAAGAAUAUAUUGAUAAAUUUGACUACUUUAAAAUGGAAAGCUGUGCCACAAAAUUCUGAUUCUGAUGAAAAAGGGCUAAAUUUUCUAAUAGUGAGCUCCACAAAUGUGUAAGUAAUAGGCAAAGACAAAGCUAUAUCAUGGAAGCAAUUAAAAUGGACAAGUAAACAAUAAACAUGGUCAAGCUUACUGAUAAUUACAUAAAACCAUUAUUUAUUUAUUAUGGAGAAUUUUGAAUACAGGCAAAAGUAAACUGAACAGUAUAAUGAACUUGCAUAAGUCCAUCACCUGUUUCAAUAAUUAACUCAUGGCAAACUUGCUUUAAUAUAUAACCCCAUUUACUUACCAACCUGUAUUAUUUUAAGCAUAUUUCAGUCAUUCUGUUAUUUUAUCUGUAAAUAUGUCAGUUAUUGCUAAAAGAUAAGGACUUCUAAUGUAAUCACAAAUCAUUAUCAUAUCUAAGUAGAACAAACAAAACAAUUCUCUAGUAUCUUCAUAUCCACUUAGAGUUCAAGUUUCCAGUUGUCUAACAGAUAUCACAGUUGUUUUUUCUCAAGAAUGUUUAUUUGCAUUGAGAUCCAGUUACGGUCCCCAUGAUGUGGUUCAUUGACCUGUUUCUGAAGUCUCUUCAAUUCUUACGUUUCUGCUGCAUGUCUUUUUUCCUUUUCUGAUGUAUUGAAGAUACAGAGUGUCUCUCUUGGGGAGUUUCCCACAACAUGAAUGGUGCUGAUUUUGUUGGCGCAUGUGAUUCUGUGCUGUGGAGAGGUUAAACAUUACUUAAUGACGGAAAAAUAUUUAUCAGUUUUAGAAAACUUUCAAUCAUUGUUCUUUCCUGUUUUUGGUUUUUUUUUUCUAUCUUCAUCUCUUUAUUGUGGGUAUUUCUAACCUAUAUUACAGCUUAUCACUUUUUUUCUUUAGCUGUGUCUGAUUUUUUAAACCCAUUCAUUCAAUUCUCAAUUUCAGUAGGGUUUUUUUUUCCCCCCAGUUCUAGAAUUUUAUUAUUUCUAAUUUUCUGACAAUUCUCAGUCUCAUCUUUGAUUUUCUUAUAAAGUCUGUCUGAUAAGUGGAUUGAUUCUCUGAUCUGCUUCUGUGUUUCCUGAUGCUGACUUCUCUCCUAGGAUGCCUGACUGGGGGUGUUUUGUGUGUUGACAUUGUAUGUGGAAAAUAGAUUACGUGAGAGAGGGUGAUGUUGAUCUUCCUGCAGAAUGGAUUUAUUUUUGCUUCUGGAGGGUGGGUGGGAGUACUUAGGAUCGUGAAUCAUCAGAAGGGGCUAGAGGUUUUGAAGUUGGAUUCCAUUCCAGAUUCUAGCCUCGCCCAAAACCAAGAGCACUCGGUGGGGCCCCUUCUCCUUGUUAGGCCCUGAGCUGCAGUGCUCGUCCCCUUUCCCUGCGAUCCUUCCAAAAGCCCUGCUCAGCUCCGAUUGCCUCAUCGGUGGCGGCUCUCCCUGUGGGGAAAGCAGUCCCACCUGCCAGGCUCACCUGUGUGGGUCUGUGUCUCCAUAGUCCUGUAGGCUUUCACUGCCUUAUUAGCAUUCAGAUGCUUUCAAGCAACUGCUUUUUGCCUUGCCCAGCUGCAGAGCUGUUUUCAGUGAGAGUUGGUAUGUACUGCCUAGUCUACCAUUGCUAGAAGCCACUGAGUUCUUUUUGAUUCCAGCUUCUGAUUCCAUAUAUAUUUUUUUUUCUAAUUUUGUAGGAAUGGCUUAUACUGUUCAUUUAGUUUACUUCCUCGAAAAGGGCUUUCACAUGAUGUCUCACUUGCCAAUGAGCCUUGAGUCGGGCUUUACCUAGUAGUGCGGAUGCCUGGUUCACCACUGAGGAAACAAGGUGGUGUUCUGUGCUCGGCUGGAGAAAUCAGAAAUUUCCAGCUUUUAUUUCUGGGUUGCGAUUUCCUCAUGGAGGAUUUUGUCCAUGCCAACUCAAAGUUUAAAUUUAUGCCAUGUGUGAAUGAAUGGCACAGUGCCCAAAAAAGAAUGGGGGAAAUAUCUUCUUUUUCCAACCAUAUUCAGACACCUCAAACAACUAUGAAAUACAAUUUUUCUUCCAGUUUUCCAAAGUAUUUAUCUGGUCUGAGACCAAGAAUGAAAGCAUUUUAGGCCAAAAUGCUCCUUGGAACUUUUAUGAUUUAUAAUAGAGUUCUCUUUUGAAUUUUAGGCAUAUGUUAUGAGAGUAUCUUGUUUAUGAACACAGAAUUUUAGUGCAUUUUCGCAUCAUUGAAAUAAGUGUUUCUUUUCUAUAUUAUGAGUUAUUUUUCUAAUAUUUGACUAUUUCAUAUUUGUAGUUUUUCAGCUAUAAUAUCAGCCUAUAUUUGUUUAGACAACAGAGAAGUAGCAAUUAAAAUAGCUAUCAUUAUUUUGAGUUAGUUUUCAGCUUAUAAUUUGCUACUUGUAUUCUAGGAUUGCUAUAUUGCUAGAAACCUUAAUUCAGGUCUCUAAAUAUUUAAUAAAAUCAUUUCUAAAACUGAAAUUAUUUGCUGUUUUAAUCUUGGUUGCCCCGAACAAAACCAAUACUUCAAACUUCUUGACACUUCAGGGUAAAAAUUGUGUUGGGCAGUAUUUGAAUUUAAAUGUGGUUUAAAAUGCUUCUUAAUUCUAAAGCCCCCUAUAGUUCCUGUUUUCUGAGCAAUAUUACCUAUAUUUGAUCUUCGAGAUGAAGAAAGACUUGACUGUGAUUAAAUAUGUAUAGUACCAUCCUGGAAUACAUUUUAUUCAUAGAUUAAUAAAAUAUGUGCAGCAUGAUUUAGGAGAAAAUAUUUUAGGCCAUUAAAUUUAGUUACAUAAGCUACAGUCUGUUUUAAAUUCUGUGCAAUGAAAUCUGUUUUGCUUUAAAAAUAAAAAGUUCAUUAUACUGGAAAAUGUGGAGUCUUUGUUUUCCAAGAC